CGGAAGUGGUUUGCGGGCAGCGGAAGGGCCCGCCCCGGCCCCGCCUCCGCCGCCGGCUCGCGCGAGCUGGGUGUCUUCUGCCUCCCUCAGACCGGGUUUGGAGACUCCGGCGUCCUCCGGCUUUUCAUGGAAGAGAUGUCAGGGGAAAGUGUGGUGAGCUCAGCGGUGCCAGCGGCUGCUACCCGCACCACUUCCUUCAAGGGCACGAGCCCCAGCUCUAAGUACGUGAAGCUGAACGUGGGUGGGGCCCUCUACUACACCACCAUGCAGACGCUGACCAAGCAGGACACCAUGCUGAAGGCCAUGUUCAGCGGGCGCAUGGAGGUGCUCACCGACAGUGAAGGCUGGAUCCUCAUUGACCGGUGUGGGAAGCACUUCGGUACGAUACUCAACUACCUUCGUGAUGGGGCAGUCCCCUUGCCUGAGAGCCGCCGAGAGAUUGAGGAGCUGCUGGCAGAAGCCAAGUACUACCUGGUCCAGGGCCUGGUGGAAGAGUGUCAGGCGGCCCUACAACAGAACAAAGACACGUAUGAGCCUUUCUGCAAAGUUCCUGUCAUCACCUCAUCCAAGGAAGAACAAAAACUUAUUGCAACUUCAAAUAAGCCCGCCGUGAAGUUGCUCUACAACCGAAGUAACAACAAAUACUCAUAUACCAGUAACUCUGAUGACAAUAUGUUGAAAAACAUCGAACUGUUUGAUAAGCUGUCUCUGCGCUUUAAUGGGAGGGUCCUAUUCAUAAAAGAUGUCAUUGGGGAUGAAAUCUGCUGCUGGUCCUUUUAUGGUCAGGGCCGCAAGAUUGCUGAAGUCUGUUGUACGUCCAUCGUCUAUGCCACUGAGAAGAAACAGACCAAGAAAUGCCCAGCAUAAUCCAGCCACUGACCUGAAGUGCAGUUUACGACACCGAGAGCAAGGUAGAGUGCCUGCUGUCUACCUUACCACCUCCAAGUUGCUGAGGGUGGAAAAGAGGAGUCAGUUUUCUGUAGUGUUUGAACUUAAACAUUGCACA